UUGUCUGUGUUAGACUGACGAUAGAAAGCCCUUCUUAUUUCCCACACUCCCAUCACAACACCAUGGCAACGACGUCGUUUUGCCUCCACAGCCCUUACCGCCUACAAUUCCCCCCUCCGGCGAGAAACCGCUCAUCCGCCGCCGCCGUCGCGACCAGAAGAAGCUCCGCGAUCCUGACUGCGACGUCGUUGAUUCUCCUGAACACGGCGUCGUCGGAGGCGUUCGAUUUGAGAAUGACGGUGCCUGACCAGACGGUGGAGGAAGCCGAAUCGUCGAUUCCGGAGCACACGGCGAGGCUGCGGGAGGUGGAGGAUCUAGUGGCGGCGGAGUCGUGGAAGGAGGCGCAGAAAGAGCUCCGGAAAAGCUCGGCGCUGCUGAAACAGGACAUCUACACCAUAAUCCAGGGGAAGCCGCCGGCGGAGAGGCAGCGGCUGCGGGAGCUCUACUCGCAGGUGUUCAAUGGAGUGGCGCGUGUGGACUACGCGGCCAGGGAUAAGGAUAGGGUUGCCGUGUUGGAAGGAUUUCGUAGUGUCUUGCACACUCUUGAUCAACUUUUGUCUCUACUCUAAAAUUUUAUAUUUUGAAAGGGAAAAAACAUUGCAUUUUUUCUGUAGGAGCAUAUUAGCUGGUGUAAAAUUAUUUAUAUACUCCUUCCCUUUCAUAAAUAUAUAUUUAUUUGUUUUA